AUGGGGAGGGUGUUCACAAGCUUCCUUCUGUUGCUCGUAUGUGGUGCAAUUGGCUUCGCACAGCACUGGUCGUAUGGCCUGCAACCAGGAGGAAAAAGAGAUGCUGAAAACCUGAUAGAAUCUUUCCAAGAGAUGGCAAAUGAGAUGGACAAACUGGGGGAGCUGCAGCAUUUUGAAUGCACCGCCACACAUCAGCGCCCCACAUUACGAGGACUUAAAGGAGCCUUAGCAAGUCUGAUUGACAGGGAGGCUGGGCAAAAGAAGAUUUAA